CGCCUAUUUCCUUCUCUCGAGCGCCUAGCUAAUAGUAACAACGAUAUUUCAACGAGUUUCCACCAAUGUCCUUAGCAGAGCGUUUUCUGGCAUUUAUCCUACAGCCUUUCGUUCUUUCAUAUCGAAAGCUUGGCGAUGCCGCGUCCGAACAGCACGACCCUAUCAAGCAUCUCACCGACUCAGACAUAAUCAAGCUAUGGACAGAGUGUCCUAAAAUCGACACCAAUACAUUUCAGACGAUCUUAGGCUUCCCGAAUCCAGGAAAUGUCGCGUCCAUUGGAUUUGGCACGGUUGUUAAACGUUUUCCAGGUGCCCAAGAGUCACGGGCCAUAGAACUUGUCCGAAAAGAAACAGCUAUUCCCGUCCCGCCAUGUUAUCGCUUCAUCGACUCAGUUUCUCCUCACUAUCUAGCUAUGCCUCUUAUUGAGGGUCAAACUGUCGCGUCUGUAUGGGACAAACUCGGACUUUGGAUGCGCUUUCGCAUCAUUGUAUCGCUAUGGCAUUAUGUGUACUAGCUCCAUGGCAUCACACGACGAAAUCCUCAUUUGUGCAAAUUUCCUGGUCCCUUUGGAAGAGUGGGACCGGAAAGAUGUACAGGUAGUCUCUUCAACGAUUCUGGUGUGGGUCCAUUCCGGUCAUAUGCCCACAUGGCGGCAUGGUAUCGCAACAGGCUACUUGUUAUGCAAAGGUUUCAUCUCAACUUCGAGGUGUUCAAGACAAUAGAUCCAUUUUUUGAUGAUACCCGGCCCCUGGUGUUUACUCACCAAGACUUGCAUAUGCGAAAAUUGAUACUCGGAAAGGAUGGACAGCUUUGGGUGAUAGACUGGGAUGAUGCUGGAUUUUAUCCUGAAUGGUUUGAGGGUGUGAAUAUGAGG